UCGAUAAUCUUCCCCUUUAAUACUCUCUCUUGGCUCCGGCGACAGGGUUUUUAUGCUGCUUCUACUUGUCGGUAAGUCUGCCGAAUUAUCACAACCUCGUCGUCGCUGGUCUCCUUCUCCGAAUCCGGAUUUCUUAUUGCCUUGUUUGGUAUUACAUUUCUCAACGUAUCAAUGGGGGACUCAGAAAAUGCUCAGCAGCCUUCCAGAAAGAGAGCUGCUUUGAAGGAGCUGUCUCGUGAAAAUCCUGGUCUUGAUGAUGAAGAAGACUCCUCUGCGCUAGAUAGUGCUACCUUCAAGACUGCAAGUGAGGAGGUGUUGGUAACCAGAAGAAUUGUCAGAGUUAAGCGCAAAGAUCCAUCUCCAGCAGCACCAUCAUCCAAUCCAUUUGCUGGAAUUCGUUUUACUGCUGCUCCGGAAACGAACAAACCUCUGUCUUUGUCAAAUUCGGCUGCAGCGGAGGGAAAACAAGAGAGACAGGUUGAUGGAAGAUCUGAUGCGACCAAGGAUAUUGAUGGUGUCGAGAAAGAUAAGUGUGAAGCCAUUAAUAGUGGAGAUGGUGGAGCUGAAAACAAGAUUACAGAUGAGACAAAAACAACCACGGAAAUUGAAGAUGCCUCUGUGGAAGAGACUGAAAAGGCCAAAGAUGACAAAGACAAUAGCAACACUGGUAAGGGGAUUGGCUGUGUUGACAAGGAUUCAGGAGGUGAUAAGAAAGAAAAUAAAAAAGGCGAUGGAAAUGAAUGCACUGAUAAGAAUGGAGAUAGUGGAGCCUUGAGCUCUUUUCACCAGCAUUCAAGUAGCAAAAACGCAUUCACAGGACUUGCCAGUACAGGUUUCUCCGCUUCUUCAUUCUCGUUCGGUUUGGUUCCACAGGAAGGUUCGGCUGGUUCAGGUUCAGGGUCUCUGACUGAACAGUCAUCCUUCAGCUUUGGCCUGCCAAACAAUGGAAACUCUUCUCUUUUCUGUACAUCCGGUUCAACUUCCAUUUCCACAAAGAGCUCUGGAACUACUACUGCAUUUCCAUCAAAGCAAGAGGUCUCAGUGGAAACAGGAGAAGAGAACGAGAAAGCAGCUUUCACAGCUGAUUCAAUAAUGUUUGAAUAUCUUGAAGGAGGAUGGAAAGAGCGUGGGAAAGGAGAACUCAAGGUAAACGUAUCGACGACUGAUAACAGAAAAGCCAGACUAGUAAUGAGAUCAAAAGGAAACUACAGGUUGAUCUUAAACGCAAGUCUCUACCCGGAAAUGAAACUGGCAAGCAUGGACAAGAAAGGAAUCACAUUUGCUUGUGUGAAUAGUAUAAGUGAAGCCAAGAACGGUCUCUCUACGUUCGCACUCAAGUUCAAGGAUCCAGCGGUUGUGGAAGAGUUCCGAGCAGUUAUCGAAGAACAUAAAAAGAGCAAACCAAAGGUUGUAGAAGCAGCAGCUUCUUUGAAGACACCUGAGAACUCCCCGAGGGCUGAAGAUGCUUGAAAGAACAUAUCUUUGGAAAUAGUUUCCUUGUGUUCCUGUCUUUGUUGUUUGAAGUUCAAAUUUAGCAGAGAGAAUAGAGAGAGAUUAUAUAAGAUCAGUUAAAACUCCUUAUGGUUCUUUAUAUGAAUAUUGGAGGUGACUAUGUUCUUAAAUCUUAUUGAACUCAUCAACAUCAAAUA